GAUCGACACUUCUCGUAGCGAACUAGAUUGCUUUAUAAACAUCAUUUGUAAUAUCAUUUAUGUAAUCGGCCAGAACAGAUAUAUCAUUUUCAAAGUCGGAACGAUAAUUGUGCAUAAAGCAGUUUAUUUCAAGGGAAUGUGAUAUUUUCUGAAUUAGGUAUUUCUAUGCAGAAAUGCAACUUUAUCAACAAGACAGUGUGCACUGUCUAUGAAAAUGUAGUGCAAUGUUUUACAAAAUUCGGAUUAAUUUAGACAGAAAAUGGAAGAUAUUCAACAUGCAGAAAAUCCUGACGACCAUCAUGUAAAUGAAGUGUACCAUGUAGAAAACAGAGAAGAAAAUAAACAGUCUACUGACAGGAAAGGUCUUCUAACAGGGGUGCAAAUGAUUGGAGCUGUAAGACUUGUUGGAUUCCUUUACUGGACAAACUUAGCUGUCAUAAUUUUUUUACUGAUUGGUUUCGUUGCACCAGGCUGGGUUACAUUUACAGCCAAUCACCGACUGUAUUAUCAGGAUUACACAUUGAAGAAAGCAGAGGCCGACUACAAAUCUGUCUUCAAUGUUUACCAAGAUUAUGCACUAUGGUAUAUGACUCAAUGUAUUGACUAUAAUGAAUAUGAUGAUGUAGACGACACAAAAUGUGAAACAAUGACGUAUCGGACCAUUGGUCACAUAUGUAAGAACAAAUAUUACGAGUACAGUAAAAUUGAAAUUGGGAAUAAAGAGCUAGAAGGAGAUGAUAUAUGUCUGUUUCGUGGAGCAGGAGUUGUUAUGAACUUUUCAAAAAUGACCCGUGUACAGACGCUUUACACAGCUGGUUUCCUGCUCUCCCUCGGUACCUUAUAUAUAUGGACUGGUUAUCGUGCUCUAUUGGCAAAUGGUCAAUUCAAAAGUUUGAGCAGAUUGAAAUGGCUUAUAAUGUUAGCCGUGUCUGCUUUAUCAGCUGUUACCUUACUCGAUCCAGUGAUAGUGUUUGCUUUGGUGCGGGGAGAUGUUUUCAAAGAAGAAUAUGAUGAGAAAAUGGAAACAUCUCUAGGAUCAGUAUUUGCAUGUUUGGGUGGAGGGUUGAUGGCCAUUAUGGCUAUACUUGUAUUUUUGCAACUUUUAUGCUGCAGGACUCCUGAUACAUAUAUCUGUAGCUGUACUGAUGAGUCUGGGAAAGGUGCUUCUGUCGUUGAGAACUGAUCAUUUUGGACAUAUUUAUUAUAUAGAGAAUUAUAUCAGUUAUGUUAUCUUACUAAUGCUUGCUAAUGUGUGUUCAAAGUAUCUUUAGGACAAUACGUGCAAACAAAAAUGUAUUUUCAUCAUUUAAAUUAUUCUUAGCUGCUUCUCCAUUAUAUCGAAUACAAAUAUCUAUGUACAUUUGAUGUAUUAAGAUAAAAUCUGAUUCAAGUUUUUUUCCAUAGAUCUAGAGAUGUGCAAUCAAAGUGUCCAGUUGUUGUAAGUUUCAAUGCUUUAGGGUAUUAAUGCAUAACCUCUUUUCGGGAAGAUUUUUCAUUUUCAAUAAGUAAAACCCGUUUUCACGGAUGUGGGUGCAUUCCCUGUUGGAAGCAAACUUGUAUUUUUUUCUUCUUUUUGUCUGGUCAGAUUAUGCUAUUUUUUCUUGAAAACAAAAUCUUUAUUUCAGAAAAAUUUUGAGGUUGUAGCGUAAAAUGAUGUGUAAAAAUAGGGUAGCUUUACAACUUAGUAUGUUAAUUUUCUAAACCUGGAUUUUAGACCUGCCUUAUUUUUCUCUUUCUGUUUCAUCAAAUCCUAUUGAUAUCUGUUAUAAUUAACCAAAUUAUGUGUUUUCAGAUAUGUUUUUCUUUGUUUAUUAUUAUUUCAAACUAUUGUCAGUUUUAACCACUUUUAAAGAUAUAUUAAGAUGAAAUAAGUACAUGUAAUACUGUUCAACAGGUUGUAAUUGUUCUUAAGUGUUGAAAUAUUCCUUACAUUUUCACUCUUAAGUUGUUAGAGACCACACAUUUCAGUUUAAAA